AUGAGGCCUCCUUUGACAGCAUUUGCUGCCAAAGGGCAAAGAUGUCGCCACCAUCAACUAUUUGUGGCCUGCGUGAGAAUACAUAGUCAACAACGAUGCGCCUCAACCUUCCUUCAAACGCCCCCACUUCCCAACUCUGCCUCGAGGCCUCGAGCGAUAUACGAGUCUGAUUCACGCGCCACACGAUGCUUCUCGACCACCGCACGAAGACGAAGCUCCCUGGAGCUGCACGAGAAAGCAGUCGAAAAGAUAGCCCAGAGUGUCAGAGGAUUCUUUGAAAAAGGCGAGAAAUUCCGCAUCUUCCACGGCUCAACCAACAGUACAAGAUCAACUCUCAAGCGGAACCUUGUAGAUACGAGCAACCUCUCGAACGUUUUGGAGGUGGAUAUAAAGAGAAAAACAUGUCUCGUACAGCCCAACGUCCCAAUGGACCGUCUGGUGGAAGCUACCUUGAAGCAUGGACUUGUCCCUCCCGUCGUUAUGGAAUUCCCCGGCAUCACAGUUGGAGGCGGAUACUCGGGCACCUCUGGCGAAAGUUCGUCUUUCAAGCAUGGCUUUUUCGAUCGAACAAUAAAUCGUGUUGAGAUGGUACUGGCGGAUGGGAAAGUGACCAAUUUGUCGCCCACGGAGAAGUCUGACCUGUUCAAUGGGGCAGCAGGCGCUGUAGGGACAUUUGGGGUCACAACUCUGGUCGAGCUACAACUUCACGAUGCUAAGAAAUAUGUGGAAACCACAUACCAUCCGGUUUCUAGCAUGACAGAAGCGACCAAGAAGCUCAAAGAGGCAACAAGCAGCCCUGGUCUUGAUUACGUUGAUGGUAUCAUGUAUUCCAAGACACAUGGGGCAAUAAUCACAGGCCGUCUGACGGACGAGAAAUACGGGCUCAAAGUCCAGCGUUUUAGUGGUGCUUGGGAUCCUUGGUUUUACCUACAUGUGAAGGACCAAAUCAAGAAUAACAAGCCUGUCACUGAAGCAAUCCCUCUAGCCGAGUAUCUCUUUCGUUACGAUCGCGGAGGCUUCUGGGUUGGAGCUUCGGCAUUUGAAUACUUCAAAUUUCCCUUCAAUCGCUUUACAAGAUGGUUCCUCGACGAUUUUAUACAUACACGGAUGAUGUAUUCGGCAUUACACGCCAGUGGGCAAUCCAAGAAAUACGUUGUUCAAGAUUUAGCUCUCCCAUAUUCCACAGCAGAAAAGUUUGUGGACUACACCGAUGAGACUUUUGGCAUUUAUCCUCUAUGGCUGUGUCCAUUGAAGCAGAACCCUCUUCCGACGAUGCACCCGCACUAUGCCGCCACCGAAAAAGACGGCAAGACUCUACAACAGAUGCUCAACAUUGGACUGUGGGGCACAGGACCUGAAAACCACGAGGAGUUUGUGCGGAAGAAUCGGGAUCUGGAACGGAAAUUGAAAGAGCUUGGUGGUAUGAAGUGGUUCUAUGCACAUACAUAUUACACCGAAAAUGAAUUCUGGGAGCUCUUCGACCGAAGUUGGUACGAGAAACUUCGAGCGAAGUACAAUGCUACCCCCCUUCCCAAUGUAUAUGAAAAAGUCAAAGUCGACGUGGAAGCGGAGAAGGCAGAGAAAGCGGCUACUUCCUUUUGGCGAACAGCUUGGCCCUUUGCUGGGUUCUAUGGAAUUAAAAAGGCCAUCGAAAGUCGAUCGUAUAUUGCUGCCAGAGGAUCGGUUUGGAAACAAUUUGGGAGGGUUUCGAAUGAUGAGCCUAAUAACUUGGUGCAGGAGCAAGCUGUCAUAGAAGGACAUGUUGCUUCUAUCAUUGCUGCUGGCUCAGAUCCCAGCGCUGAUGUUAAUGAGGCGCUUGUUUACACUAGAGAGCAGUGUCGUUACCUAUUACCCAAUGAUGCAUUAUUUGAUGCUACGGAUAGAAGCGACGAGAAUUUGAAACUGGCUCUGAAUUUGUUAAACAAGAAAUUUAAUGUAUCAGGUAAAAUACGUAGUAUCAAAGAACAAGAUAGAAAUACCCUGUAA